AUGCAUUAUUUUAGGAAAAAAAAAAACGAGCCUGUCAACAAAAGAGAGGCCUUCAUAGCAAACAGUAAGCACACGAAACAAAACGGAACGCUCGCAAGUGAUGAUGUAUUCAAUGGCAUGCACGCAUUUGAAGAGCAACCUAACCAAAAUGGAAAGAAUACAUCCCAUGUGAAUGACCCGCACAAAUUGGACACGAGCACGAACUCUUUCCUAGAUGGGAGCUUUAAGGAAGAGAUAGGAAUUCCCUCCAACAAAGGUGCAUUAACCAAUCAGAAGCAAAAAUUUAAUAACGGUUCCCGUUUUGAAGAAAAAAAAAGUCUGGACCAUUCCAGCAGUGAAUAUGGCAUGGAGAGCUACAACGAGGACAUGGCAAAGGAGUACAGCCAAAAGGGAGCCAUCCCAAACAGCGAACUAAACAGUUUAGCACAAACGAACGAACAGAAUAAUGUUUCAAAUAAUAGCGAACCAAAUGAUAGCAACGCUUAUAACCACGGAGAGAGAACCAAUUUUAGGGACCCCCCUCCCUAUGAUGGUGUAAGGGACCAAGUGAUGUCAAAACAUGUGGACAGGGAUUUGCAACAUCUGCGAAACAGCAAAAUGAACGGAGAAAAUAAACCAUUUGUAGGCAGCCCAAAGUAUAACAAACAUAAUUCAUCACUGCUGCCCAAUCAGGGGAAGAAAAACGACUCGCCAAGAAGUGACAGACCCGCAAAUGAAAACAUGAAGGCAGUAAACGCACACCCUGAGUUAAGUGCAAAUAAUAGCAUAUCCCUAACCAGUGGGGAUAAAAAAAAAACGGAGACAAAUCUCAGUUCCGUCCAAAGGAGUAGGACAUUGAAGCCAAAUGGAGGUGCGCAGGAAGGCAUGCGCCAUGGCUCCGCUGACAGGUAUGGGGGAAGCACAGAGGAGGCCCCAAACGGGGAGCAGCUGCCUUACGAGGGGCAGCAUUAUCACAACGCCAAUUUGCUAAAACAAAGCGGUAGAGUGGACAGAGUAAUCAGCAGUGGAAAUGACAGAAGUGACAACUUCUAUGAAGGGGUAGACCCAAAUGGUCCGGCUGGAGAUAGCCUAAAUUCGCUGCAACUCUCGCAAAGGUAUGCUGAUGUAGGUGAAUCUGGCGAUGGCCAAAAUGCACAAAAUGGGGACAAUUUCGAUGAAACGUUUUUAAAAAAAAAUAAUUCCUCCGCAAAAAAUGGGGAGUUUUACAAAAAGUUAAACAGUAAUGUGGUAGGGAUGGAGGACAAAACUGGUGGGGGGAAUUUUAAAGCAGGUGUAGAUGCUGAGUUGGGGCAGCCAACGAGGGCUAGUAGGAGCCAUGUUCACUCCAGUAGGUCAUACGCACAGUCAAUACACGCGCAUGAGGAGUUGGGCGGACGCCUAAUCGAGUCGAGCGGGCACCUAACAGAGUCGAGUGGGCACCUAGCAGAGUCGAGUGGGCAUCUAACAGAGUCGAGUGGGCAUCUAACAGAGUCGAGUGGGCAUCUAACAGAGUCGAGUGGGCAUCUAACAGAAUCGAGUGGGCAUCUAACAGAAUCGAGUAGACACCCUGGUGAGCAACUUUCCAAGUACAACACGGCGAGAAAUUCCAUGCAGCCGCAACCCAGCCGUCUACCCUCCAGGAAAGACUUAUCCAAGUCUGUAAAUGCAAAGGACAUGUCGGCAGAGAAUGCUUCAGCGCGGCAGAGUGGUCAUCUAGAAAAGUCGUACAGCAGGGAGCACUCAAACGGCAGGGAGCACUCAAACGGCAGGGAGCACUCAAACGGUAGGGAGCACUCAAACGGUAGGGACCACUCAAACGGCAGACGCAUAGAACCGAGGAGAAGCUACAUGCACGUGAACAACCUGCAAAUCGAAUCGAGGAGAUAUUCCAUGACGUCCAAAAAUAGUCACUCCGCAAGAUCGCGGGAAAAUUUUGAGGAGCACAAAAAUAAUAUGAUUCUAUCUGAAAACAGGACUGUAAUGAUGCCUGAGAAUUUAAUAGAAUUGAAGUUUAACCUGAACGGAUCGGUGAGUAGCAUUUCAGAGUCUACAAAUGAGAUGCACAUGGAAAACGGUUCGCUCAAAAGUGAGAGCGGGCAAGAGCAUUUGAUGAACACCUCGGAAGAAUCUGCAGAUAGCCACAUGAGGGGAAGUAGCCAAAUGGAAUACAGAAGCAGUCUAGCCAAACACACCAGAAAAAUGGAAUCAAAAAGACACCACGAAGAUGCAUCAAACAGCUUGAUAGAAUCGCAGUACGCAGAAGACCCAGACCACUUGGGCGACUCACAAUUUGGUGAACCCUCCAACCAUUUGAUCGACUCGCAGUAUGACACCCACAAAUGUAAUGACAACAUGUUAGGCACUAAUAGUAGCUCCAUGAGCUUGAAUAAGAGUCAACAUCAAAUGAGCAAUGGUAUGGGUGACGAACGUGGCAAUUUUAUCAAGCCGGGGAACUACACACACAAGUCGCAGUACGGCAAUGUCAAUGCGGGGAUAGCACACACAGAGUCGAGAAGGGGUCUAAUCAAUUCGACACACAGUCAGAUGAAAUUGCGGAGUGUUGCUCAGCGGUCAAGCAAUAAUCUUAUAAACCAAAAUAAGGUUUACGAGUCGAGUGGCACUUUGGGGGAGUCUCACCACAGCCUGAUGAACUCGCAAAGUCGGCAUAACGAGAUGGGAAAGAGUUUAACCGAGACGAACGAUACGUUUGGGAAUUCUAAAUUUAGUCGCAGCGCGUCCGGGUCGAGGCGCGGCCACGCGGAAAGCGCGAGCAGCGGCAGCGGCAACGGCAGCAAUGGACAGAGCGACGCGGACCGUUCGAACGGGUAUGCAGACCAUCCGAAUGACUACGCCGACCAUUCGAAUAACUACGCCGAUCGCUCGAAUGCCAUCUCGGAGGAGAGACCACCUCAAGCGGCCCACUCAUUUCAACAAAACAAAAAAGAUACAAACGAAAUGAACCACCACUAUGAUAGCAGACGAAGCAGGCCCCACUUGAACAGAAGUGAAUAUGUGCCGAAGAAAAACAUCCCAUAUGAUUAUAAAAAAUUCAAUACGUGUGUGCGCGACGAUGAGCAGAAGGCUGACUUGUUGCAAGCGUUCCAAAAGGGUAUUAAAACCAAGUGGGGCGCGAACAAUCUACAAGUCCAAAGUGUAAACGAAAUGGGGAAAUCACGAAACGGUUUGGAAACAUAUGAAAAGAGACAGCCAAAUGACAUCAUUCGUAUGUCUGAAAAUCACAAUUUAAAAAAAGAACAAAGUAGGAAUUAUUUCUCCACAGAUGGCAACAAUGGCAAUGUGCCGCAAUUAUCCCGUGCGUCUCGAAUGUCACAUGCACCUCUCGUGCAUAAUGAAGAUGUUGGCCAAAAAGUUGGCGGUAAAAUGCACUACAACGAAUUAGAGCACAGUUUUGAAAACUUCGAAAAGGGGGGACACACGGACGGUGGCGAUCUGGAGUUCUCCUUCGAUCGGGAAAAUAAAAUCUGCCAAGAUAUGUGCAAGGACUUCUCAACCUCCAUCACGGAUUCGCAACUUUUGAUGAGCGGCUCUCAUAACAUUAUGCACCACUCGGGUAUAAAUACGUCUAACCAAUUUGAUUUAGGGAUGUCCAAUACGUCAAACAAAAUUUCCAACAUGCAAAAUAACUUCAAUUUGGAUGUCAACUCGAAUUAUAUAAAACGGCUGACCAUGAACGAAAAUUUCGUCAACACAGAUUUGCAGAUCUCCUACAUGGAAAAUGAAAUUCAAAAUAAAAUAAAAGACCUUGACAACUUUCUGGGGGAGGAUUUCGAGCACAAGUGCAACUCUGUCCUCAACCGAAUUGAGCAGCUGCUUUCCUCCGACUUUUUCGGCGAGCCGUAGGAGACUACGGCUUGGUUUGCCGUUUGUCCGUUUGUCCUCUGCGCAUGACUCGGUGUGCGUAUCGGUGUGCGUCUCGGUGUACCUCUCUGUAUAUGUCUCUGCUCACCCAUCUGUUUACUCCCCUACGUGUUUGUGUAUCCCCAUGUACAUGCCUUCCAUCCCACCCGUCUGGGGGGUGCCCACCCACUCGGCGCCCAGGGGUACUUCCACCCCUCUCGCCAUCCCCUUCGCUUGUUUCUUCAAAAAAAAGGACUCCCCCCAAAGGUGUCAUAAUUCACGGUUUUAAAAAUUUUUCACUCUUUUUUUUUUUUUCGUCCUACUUUUGAAAGAGUCACACUAGGAAAAAAAAUGGGGGAACUCGAAAAAUCCCACCAACCUAAGAAGCUCUGCUAAUUUGAAGUGUUAACCCGUUUGGUGGGCUAACUGCCAGCACGUUCCUGUUCAGCCAUUCAAGCUUUGCAAAUUUGGACAGCGGGAAAGGCCCACAAAUGAGGGGUGUAUGUGUGCAUAUGUUAUUGCGCGCACAUAUUGGGACAGUCAUAGUAGGGAUUGGGAACCUAAAAAUCUGUGACUCUGCAAUUGUGGGCCCAAUCACCAAACAUGGUUGGUUCGUGCUUUUCAUAUUUGUAUCCAAAUUCUUGGAAUGCAUCAUCUGUCGAGGUUAGCUCGUUGUGACUUUCCUCCAGGGUUCCCUUUAUUGCUUCGUCCGCCUUGUCUGCUUCGUCCGUUUUGUCUGCAUCGUCCGUUUUGUCUGCAUCGUCCGUUUUGCUUGCUUCGUUUACACCCCCCUGCACCUUUCCACUUGUCCGCAAAGAAUCCCGCUUAUGCCAGUUACCCUCCGGGAGUUCAUUUGCGUCCUCAGCCGGGUUGUUAUUCCUUUCUAGGGUUGAGAAAUUCUCAUAAUAAAAUGGAUAUAUCAUUUCUGCACAUCUGCGUCUUAAAAAAGGAUGGCAAAGACUUCGUGGAGUCACCACCCCUUUUGUUGGUCCAUAACUGUAGUACCGCUUAACGGUUCGGAACAAAAUUUUAUUUCCAUUCAAGUAAGUUAAGGGGUGUAAUUUUGCCAUUAUAAUAGAGUGGGCUUUUUGAGUGU